AGAAGAACGACCAGGAAGUGGUCUGAUCUAAGGACUGGAGAUGAUGAAGAUGAUUGUGAUGAUGAUGAUGUCUCUGUGAUGCAGCUUUCAGCAGAGCAGCCAGAGAGCGGGGAUCGCUGACAAUGAGAUGGGGAACUGCUGGGCUUUCUGCGUGGGCCUCUUCAGGAAGGAAGCUAACAGGAUCCAGAGAGGAGGCGGGUCAAAAUACUUCAGAAGUACUGCUACUGGAGAGCAUUAUACAAUAGAGUUUGAAAAUCUGGUAGAGAGCGAUGAGGCUGAGAGCCCACAGCCGUGCCCCAGGCCCAUCAAUGAAGAUGAACUGAGUCACCUCAAAGAGCACCGCUACGCCGCUAUCUCAGACAAACAAGUCCUGAUCGACCAAAAGCUGCAAGCAGAGUUAGAGGAACAAGAGGAGAAGUUAAGGCUAGAAGAGGAGGCUAGAAAUGCUGCCCAGCGCGAGGCCGCCAGGCUGGCUCGUGAACGAAAAAUGAAGGAGCUGUCCGCCCAGAGGACACGGGGGAAAGCUGACGGCUCCAGCGCUGAAACACAGCAGAGAAAGCAAAACUCUGGGGAGGAUUUCGACGUCUACCUCCAGAAUGUUAAAGCUCAGUCAGAUGCCUUCAGAAGCAACAGACUUCCCUCUGAAACAAACGCAUUGACUCCCAACACCGAGUACAGCUGGGAUUUCACCACUAAGACCCGCUCCACCAACGAUGAUGGGACCUCACUUGAUUUGGAGUGGGAGGAUGAGGAAGGGAUCAACCGGGCACUGCCGGCCUGGGAGCGUUCUCGCACAGAGGAGGACAUCUUGCGGGCGGCUCUGAGACCGGGCAGCAAACAGGUGAACAGUGGGCCCACCUCGGCCUCCGAGGACUCCAACGCUCUGGAGUGGGAGAACGACUUUGUGAGUACUCACCCAGAGGACAGCGCAGACGCUGAGUUUGAAGGGUUUGUCAAUCCUGUCUUAGACACUCCCUCAGAAGACGCCUCGGACUCUGGCCUCAGAGCAGACAACCAGGACAGAUAGUGUCCAGCACCAAAGGGGACGUUUGUCUUCGCCUCACCAGCUUUUUGCCUCAUCAAUCAGAAAUGUACGUCUUCAUAAUCUGUAAUGAAUCUGUGAUGCUGGAGAAAUGAGGAAUGGAUCCACCGUCAGUUUAAAGAAGAUUUGAUCAAAUACAUGUUUUCAGUGCCUUCAUCUGCUAAACUGUCUGACAUUCAGCUUUGGAACUGGACUUUGUUUACCGUUUGAAUCAUUAUUUGGUUACGAUUCUUUUUUUGAUGAUCCGUGCUUGGCUGAGGGGACUAAAAUCAGAUUGUAUUAUAAACAUAACUGUAAAAACUAACCAAGCUUAGAUGGAAAAAAUGCCUUUUUUCACAGCGUUGGUUUAGCAAAUAGAUAUUUACGUGGAGGAAAUAUUAAAAAGCAGAAAAAGAAGCGACUGACUCGAGGAUCUUUUUGCUAGUUUUUAAGUUUUGAUCUCUGAGUUUUGAGAGUAGCAGAUAUUGUAGGAAUACAAUUGAAAUCAGAUUACCACUCUUUAUGAAAGGUCUUAAGACUUUUCUAAUUUGCCCAAAUGUUUUUAAUUAAAUUACCAGUUUACAUUUUAAAUUUUGGUUCAUAGGAUUUCUGGUGUCCUCCUUUCAUCGUUUCAUUCCUGAUGACAGAACCUUUAUUCGUUUGUACGCCACCUUCCCUCCCUGCUUCCUGCUCAACUUCUCAUUUCUCAAAGACAUUUGCUUCGUCGCCUUUCGGCCAUUUUGUAAUGGGUCUUGAUGUAGCAGAGGGUUAUUUUAUAUCUGGAACAACUGGUUGUAUCUACGCUUUCCCUUUCUGGCAGAUGACCAAAGAUAAUCUUUUAUUAUUCCCACAAUGCGUG